CCUUCUACACAUGCGCACGGGCGGGCGGGCCGUCUUCCUUCUCGCCCAACGCCGCCGACAUGGUGUUCAGGCGCUUCGUGGAGGUUGGCCGGGUGGCCUACGUCUCCUUCGGGCCUCAUGCCGGAAAGCUGGUCGCGAUUGUCGACGUGAUUGAUCAGAAUAGGGCUUUGGUGGAUGGACCCUGCACCCGGGUAAGGAGGCAGGCCAUGCCUUUCAAGUGCAUGCAGCUCACUGAUUUCAUCCUCAAGUUCCCACACAGUGCCCGCCAGAAGUAUGUGCGAAAAGCCUGGGAGAAGGCAGAUAUCAAUACUAAGUGGGCCGCCACAAGAUGGGCCAAGAAGAUUGAAGCCAGAGAACGGAAAGCCAAGAUGACAGAUUUUGAUCGUUUUAAAGUCAUGAAGGCAAAGAAAAUGAGGAACAGAAUAAUCAAGAAUGAAGUGAAGAAACUUCAGAGAGCAGCUAUCUUGAAAGCUUCUCCCAAAAAAGCCCCUGUGGCUAAGGCCGCCAUUGCAGCUGCUGCAGCAGCCGCUGCCAAAGCUAAAGUCCCUGCAAAGAAGGGGGCAGCUGCCGGCAAGAAGGGGGCUGCCGCCCCCAAGGCUGUGGCCCAGAAAACGGCUGCUCAGAAGGCAGCACCUCCCAAAGGUCAGAAGGGCCAGAAGGCUCCGGCCCAGAAAGCCUCAGCGCCAAAGGCAUCUGGCAAAAAAGCAUAAGUGGCAUUAAAAGGAAUAAAGGUUCUUUUUGACGUGG